AGAGAGAGAGAGAGAGAGAGAGAGAGAGAGAGAGAGAGAGAGAGAGUUUGUUAAGGUGAGUCCGCCAUGGAUAGAUAAGAAACACUAAAGAGUAGACUACAUAUGAACUUGGGUCCCCGACGGGGAGCCGCCCUGAGGAGUGAAACGCUGUGUUGAUGAAACUCACUCCGUCAAGACGUCUGCAGGAGCAACACUCGGCUGGAUUAAUGUCUCCAGGCGCUAUGAACCUCCGAGCAGACGCACCUAUCAGGACCCCGCGGUGCGGGGCUUGUUGAUGUGAGCAUGGACUUAUUUGGGAGCUAUUCCAACAUUAGGUGGAAAAAAUGUUCCUGGAUGCUUUGAAUUCAGUGUUACUCUGCUCCCGAGAAGAACCCACCACGACGAUGGUGUUCAACGAGCGGUCGCCGAGCUAACCUCGACUAGCGAUGGACUUCGGCUACCCGCCCCCCGCGCCCCCCACCCCCUUCUCCGACCCACCGGCCCCGGCCACGAUGUCGGCCACCGAGGGGGGGGUCCUGGACCUGACCGGGUGGUCCCCGGGGGGGAACCUCACCCGGGACAAGCUGUCCCCCAGCCCCCCCCACCCCGUGGCCGCCACCCUGUCCAUGACCCUGGGCAUCGUGUCCAACAUGGUGGCCUUCUUCAUCCUGGCCAAGGCCUACUCCCUCCAACGCCGCCGCUCCAAGGCCACCUUCCUGCUCUUCGCCACCUCGCUGGUGGUCACCGACCUGGCCGGCCACGUGGUCCCGGGGGCGCUGGUGAUGCGGCUCUACCUCUCCGGGGGGGUCCCGUCGGGGGCCUACGAGGCCCCCGACGCGCUGUGCCAGUUCCUCGGCGGCAGCAUGGUGUUCUUCGGCCUCUGCCCGCUCUUCCUCGGCUGCGCCAUGGCGGCCGAGCGCUGCGUGGGUGUGACGCGGCCGCUGCUGCACGCCGCCGUGGUCAGCGGCCGCCGCACCAAGCUGUCCCUGGCCGCCGUGUGGCUGGCGGCGCUGGCCGUGGCCCUGCUGCCCGGGGCCCGGCUGGGCUCCUACGCCUACCAGUACCCGGGGACCUGGUGCUUCAUCAGGGUGCUGGGGGCGGACACCGACGCCGCCGACCUGGCCUUCGUGGCGCUGUUCUCCGGGCUGGGGCUGGGCGCGCUGGCCGUGGCGCUGGUCUGUAACACGGUGAGCGGGGUCACCCUGGUGGCCGCGCGCUGCCGGCGGCGGCCCGGGGCCCACCACUCGGGGGCCAAGUCCCACGACAUUGAGAUGGUGGUGCAGCUGGUGGGCAUCAUGGUCACCUCCUGCAUCUGCUGGAGCCCCCUGCUGGUAUUUGCUCUGAUGACGGUGCUCCGCUCCUACAGGGGGGCUGCGGGCGCCGACCUGGCCACCCACCGGACCCUGAUGGUGGUGGGCGUGCGGCUGGCCUCCUGGAACCAGAUCCUGGACCCCUGGGUGUACAUCCUGCUGCGCCGCACCGUCCUGCGCCGGCUCUACUACCUGCUGAGGGGCCGGGCGGACCCCGUGAGGUCCGGCAGCACGCUGGGGCGCUGGGACCCCGCCAGCUCCAUGCACAGCUCCGAGAAGCACGCGGCCCACCUGGUCAGGGCGGCCAAGUGACGGCCGGACGGA